AUGGGCCCGACGUCACCGCGCAUGUCCGAAUUGCUCGGCAGUGUCUCGAAACGACCCUCGACCACGUCUCAGAGCCGCUCCCCAGGGAGGUCCCCAAGCGAGUACCAACUCGACGAACUCGAUCCCCGACCCUACGAUGCCCCGACUUUUGACGCCGAGCCGUCGCGACCUCGCCUGCGGAAACCCGCUGCUCUGGGAAUGGACAGGGAAGCAUCGCCGAGCUCCUGGCUCGACAGGCCAAGCUCCUCGAGCUCGUCGUCCAGGCUCGUACAUCCCCCGGCAAUGUUUGCCGGCCCUCCACCGCCCAUCGCUGCCUCGAUGCUCGUGGCCAACGGACCCGGUCGGUCUCGAUCGAGACACGACGAUGACGAGCAGCGCCGGGGCUUCAUGGCCGCUAGUCGCGCCACCAUAGGCAGCGUUCUCUUCGACCAACGGCAAGAUUCCCCGGUGCGAGGCCCUGACUCGGCGUGGCUGGCGCUUCGCCGCCGGGAACAAGCCCUAGAGCUAGAUGUACAGCAUCUUCUCGAUUUGCAGGCCGCGGGCCUGCUCGCGGGCACCGCCGGAACCCUCGAUGUGACCUCCAGCAGCGAUGCCGAUGGACACAGCGAUGCUGGGAGCAGCACUCCCACCGGCACCUUCUACUCCACGGCCAGCUCCAGGUCCAGGAUGCCAAAAAGCCUGUACCUGCCUCCUCGGGCCACUUCGGAGGGGAACGUGAUCCCGGUCCGUCAACCAGCCAAGGCCCGCUCAGUUGGCCUGCGGGGUGCGCGAAAUGGGCUGCGCAAAUCGAUCAAGGCACUUGCAGACCUAAAGAAGGAGGAGGAGAUCCACAUCGAUGCAGCCAUUUCAGACAGAAAUCUGGCCCUCACACGGCUGAACAAACUGGGAACCACGCGAGCCGGCAUAGUAAACGAGCUCGAGAUUCUCGAGGGUGACGAAGAGGAACCACUUGGGAAGGAAUUACGAGAGCUUGAGAAGAAGCAUGACGUGCUGGAUCGCGACAUUCGAGCUCUCGAGGAGAAGUUGGUGGGUAUGCGCAACCGACGUCGUUGGCUGCGCGACAAGAUGGACGAUGUUAAGAGCAAGAGAGACGCCGGACUUAGCGGUUACCGAGGUGCGCUGAGGGAUGUAGACGGCAAGGUCAGGGCACUGAUGCGUGCCCCUCCGGUCCAGCCGCUGGACGGCGACAUGGCCGGCCGGGCUGGAACCGCCUCAACCGGGGGCCAUGAGUUCAUGCGCCUGAUUCCGGAGCGGCGAACCAUGGAGAUGGCGAAGGCAUGGUGGGAAGCGGAAAUGGCGCUUUUGGAGAAGCGAAAGGCCCAGGUCCAUGAAGAACAGCUGGCCCUGGAGGACGGCGGUGCCACUUGGUACGAGGUCAUGGCCCUGGUGUCGGAUUUCGAAUCGAGCCUACGCGGCAUUCUGAGAUCUGGGACAGACCCGUCCGUGCCGCCCUCUUCCAAGGGCAAGGAGAAGCAGCCGUCCAAAGAGGACAUGAUUCUCGGCCAGCUCCCGCGGAUGGACGAUAUUGUAUCGGAACUCGAGCAACGAGCAAAGCUGGCAGAGCGCAACGGUUGGAACCUUCUCAUCUGCGCCAUCGGAGCCGAGUUGGAGGCGUUCCGGGAAGCUCAGAACAUGCUCAAGGGCCUGGUCGACACUGGCAGCGGAUCGGCACCUGACGACCUCGACGAGCGCGAUAUGCUUGCUGAAGAGCAAGGAGGGAAGGAUCGCGGCAGCCUUGGCAGGGAAGAGAGCGACAACGAGGUCCCGGCGGAUCUCUUUGUAUCGCCAGCGGAUCACAGCGGCCGGCAGUCCUUUGCAAGCCACGACAGCGACGCCAACAGCAACCCGUCGCAGAGGGUGGACAGCGAGAACGAGGUACCACCUGAGUUUCUGGCGGAGCAUGACAAGCGCGACUGA